ACAACGAAUAAAGGAACCGUAGAAUCCGUCACUUAUAUAACCGUACAGGUGGUCGACGAACAAAGCAGAAUCUAGGCGUUGGCAAACAAUGUACGCUCACUAAAAAACUGAACAAUGCGCUAAUUAGGUGUCGAUAAAGAGCGAAUGAAUGAUAACUGACAGUUGAAAAUCAAACGAGAGACGAAUUUACGACGGACAUGCCUGGACAUAACUUUCUAAUUAUUACGCUGUACGCGUUCUCGUAUUUGAAAAUUACAAGGCAAUCAAUCACCGGUGUCACGUACAUGGAUCAUUUCGAUUUCGAGGAUAGAUACAGAGACGUUUACGAAUGCGACCCGUUCUACUGGCACCCGUUGCAUUUACCGGAACGUUGUGCUCGAAUGUUCGAGAAAUUAAUACGAUCUAAAAUCGUUUCACGGUCGCCCGUCCGAAUUCUAGCUGAAGCGAACGACUUUCAUUUAGGCGACCGCUCAAGAGACAACUCCGAAUUACCUCCAUACGAAAUGAUGUUAGAAUCGUUGAAAAAAGAUGUCGUGAGUCACCCUCGAGCGCCGACCAUAGGAAUGGUGCCAAACGUAGGACCUGUUGCCAUUUACAAGCAGCCGAUUUCGAGGACUAGUGAAAAUUUAAUUAAGCGUAUCGGUGGAAUGUACGCUAAGACCGGCAAUUACUAUGAUGGUUCUGGGGCGUCUUUCGGCCAGAUCGACAUUAAAGGUAAUGGGGUAAAGACAAAAAAAGAUAGUGAGCUACACAACGAUCACGGUAUGAGCAUUCAAAACGAAAGUCAGAAAGAAAACCUAAAGGAAAUUUUCAAAAACCCACAAUUAGUGAAAUUACUGAAUACGAAUUAAACACGUAGCAAAGUAGUGUUUGUUUAACAAAAUGGAAAUUGAAUGUUUAAAUGAAUGAGAUUAUGCUCGACCAAAAAAAAAAUCGCUACGAAACUGUAUGGAAUUAGCAAAAAGACAAAAAGUAAGAAAACAAAGAAGAUUGUGUUUCAUUGUUCUAUUUUAAAUUUGCUCAGUCUAGUUUUACAUUUGACAGACUGCUUGCUCAUUAUUCAAAUUCUAAAACGUUCAUUUUGCGAAGCUUAGUGCAUGGAUGUUGAUAAAAUUCAUGAUAAAAUAAAACAUUUUUAUACAUUUAUAACGUUGUUAUUUUAAUAUAAAUUAUUUCGUCAAUAAAAUGUUUGUAAUAUUUAAGAUAAUAAUCAGUUCAUUCAUAUCGUCCGCGUCGUGCACAAUUGACGGCUUAAGUUAUAUGGACCCUUUGAAAUUCAGAACAAAUGAGAACAUUGGAAACACUGAGAACCCUUGCAACCCAUUGUAUUGGUACCCGAAGAACUUACCCGACUACUGCUACGAAAAACCCUUCAUAAAGACUACGAAUAAUACCAAUUUCAUACCUUUACCUGUUCCUGUACCUAUUUCACAAUCGAUACAGAUCCCCCAAACUGUACCAGUACCUUAUGGACUGCCUCUCCCGUUUGGGGUACCCUUAGCGCCAAUGGGUCCAAUGUUGCCUGUACCUAUACAACCAUCUCCUUACAGUUUUCCUCGUCGACAAAUCGGUAUGGUACCAGGCCUUCCUGGUAUUGUGUCUCCAGAUGGCGGUCUUAAUAUACUUCCAUUCUCAGACGUGUAUUCGGAUGUUUUGGCAAAACAUAAGCAGAAGAUGAUAAAGAAACGCCUAGAGAGGGUGUUGGAAGAAUAUGACGACCCUCCUUGGUCAUAUAGAAGUAGGAAUCGAGUACGAAAGAUUUUUUACGAUUAAAUCCUUUUCUAAAUUGAAA